UCUCGCCAUUGCCUCCCGCCCUUGCUCCAUCCUCUCUGCCUUGGAUGAUGGAAGGCAGAGGGUGACGGCCAGGAGGACGCGGCGGUCAAUCAAUAAAGGACAAAAAAAUUUUGCCCUAAAAAAAGACUAGAAAAACAAGCUCCGGCCAUGUCGUCGUCGGCGUUCGGCGACUUCGGUCCGCUCACCGAGCGCCGCAAAGCCGAGAAUGCGCGGAAGCAGCGCAGGCGCAUCAUGAUCGCCGCCGGGACCGUCACCAUCAUCAUCCUACUCAUCGUCAUGGGCAGCGCCGCGGUCGCGUACAACGGGAAGAAGUCGUCCGGCGAUGGCGGCGGCCACAAGUCUUCUUCUUCCAAGGGCUCGUCGUCGCCAGCCAAAGGCAAGUCGGACUCGGACUCGGAAUCGGAGUCGGAGUCGGAGUCGGCGUCGGACUCGAAGACGGACCUGAAGGCCGUGUCCAAGAGCAUCAAGGCGAUGUGCUCGCAGACAGACUACACGGCCGCGUGCGAGAAGAGCCUUGGCAAGGCCGCGAACGCCAGCUCGUCGUCGCCCAAGGACAUCGUCCGCAGCGCCGUGGAGGUGAUCGGCGACGCCAUCAGCCAGGCGUUCGACCGCGCGGACCUGAUCCUGAGCAACGACCCGCGCGUGAAGGCCGCCGUCGCCGACUGCAAGGAGGUGUUCGCGGACGCCAAGGACGACCUCAACAGCACGCUCAAGGGCGUCGACGACAAGGACGGCAUCUCCAAGCAGAGCUACCAGCUGCGCAUCUGGCUCAGCGCCGUCAUCGCCAACAUGGAGACGUGCAUCGACGGGUUCCCCGACGACGAGUUCAAGGCCAAGGUGAAGGAGUCGUUCACCGACGGGAAGGAGCUCACCAGCAACGCCAUGGCGCUCAUCGAGAAGGGGUCAUCGCUCCUCUCCGUACUCAAGGGCGGCUCGAAACGACGGUUGCUCGAGGAGGAGGAGGAAGGCGCGGCGUCGGCGUCGCAAGCCGGGCCAGCACUCGACAAGGACGGCAUCCCGGAGUGGGUGCCCGACGGUGAGCGGAGGGUGCUCAAGGGCGGCGGCUUCAAGAACACACUCAAGGCGAACGUGGUGGUGGCGAAGGACGGCAGCGGCAAGUUCAAGACCAUCAACGAGGCGCUCGCCGCCAUGCCAAAGACCUACGACGGAAGAUACGUGAUCCAAGUGAAGGAGGGGGUGUACGAGGAGUACGUGACCAUCACCAGGACCAUGAAGAACGUGACCUUCUUAGGUGACGGCUCCAAGAAGUCCAUCGUCACCGGCAAGAAGAGCUUCGCCGACGGGAUCACGACUUUCAAGACAGCAACCUUCACUGCGCAAGCCGACGGGUUCAUGGCGAUCGGGAUGGGUUUCCAGAACACGGCCGGCGCGGAGAAGCACCAGGCGGUGGCGCUGCUGGUGCAGUCUGACAAGUCCAUCUUCCUCAACUGCAAGAUGGAAGGGUUCCAGGACACGCUGUACGCGCACUCCAAGGCGCAGUUCUACCGCAACUGCAUCAUCUCCGGCACGGUGGACUUCAUCUUCGGCGACGCGGCGGCGGUGUUCCAGAACUGCAUCCUCAUCCUGCGCCGCCCGAUGGACAACCAGCAGAACAUCGUGACGGCGCAGGGCCGCGCGGACGCGCGCGAGGCCACGGGGUUCGUGCUCCAGAAGUGCGAGUUCCAGGCGGAGGCGGCGCUCCGGGACGCCGGCAAGCCGGCCAUCCGCAACUACCUGGGCCGGCCCUGGCGCGAGUGCUCGCGCACCGUCUUCAUGGAGUCGGAGAUCCCGGACUUCAUCGACAAGGCCGGGUACCUGCCCUGGAACGGCGACUUCGGGCUCAAGACGCUGUGGUACGGCGAGUUCGGCAACACCGGGCCCGGCGCAAACACGGCGGGGCGCGUCAACUGGCCGGGGUUCAAGAAGGUGAUCAGCAAGGCGGACGCGAGCAAGUUCACGGUCGAGAACUUCCUGCACGCCCAGCCAUGGAUCGACCCCACAGGCACGCCGGUGAAGUACGACCUGUUCACAUGAGGCCGGACAGCCGGCCGGCGGCCGGGGGAUCGAUCGGAGGGCACUUUUUUCACGGUGGGGGAUGGGCGGAGGAGGCUGCUGGCGCGCGGUAGCAGGCCAUGCACUUCGUUUGUUGGGUGUCGGAGGCAAGGGGACCGAUCACUGCAUACGUGCUACAAGAGUGGAAAAUGCACUGUCGUCCAGUUUAAGUUCGCGUUGGUAUGUAUACUGGCUGCUAUGUGAGUUUUGUACCUGUACAUGAAGUUUCUUUUUUCUUAUAACACGUAUAGCAGAUUAAUUUGGGGAUUCUUUUUACGGAGGAAUUGAAGAACAAGUGCAUGCAGUGUAUACUGGCAA